AUGGGUGCGUUGAGGUUCUACAACCCGUCCCUGUUCUUACACCGGAUACCAGUCUAUCGAGAAAGAGGUCGCCAGUUAGAACAGCGUCAGGCGCGGCUCGAGGAGUGGAAGCUGCAGCAGCAGCGGCGCCGCCAAGAACGGUACGCGGAGUGGCGCGAAUGGCGGCGGCAAAAGCGGGGAGGAGGAGGUCGAGACGAAGAAAGGGGGAAAGGAAGCGAGGGAUCCGUAGAGGAAUCGGAAACGGGGGGACAGGACGGUAACACGAGGGGGAAUUCGAGAGGAGAUGGCUCGAGCGGGGGAGGGCAAGAUAAAGGGGAUGGAAGUUUGGGAAUAGGGGGGAGCGGAGCAGAUCGGGGAAAGCAUGGGGGAGAGGAGGAUGUGGGGGAAGGGGAAGGGGGGGAGGGGAAGGAGAAGUGGGAGCAUAGAAAGAGGAAUUUUGGAGAAAUGAGAGGAGAAGUCGAAGGGAAGGGUAUAGGGCAAGGGGAAAGGGAGGGGCAAGAGGUGGGUAAUGAGAAAGAGGCGACAGAGAAAGCGGGGGUUGAGAAAGAUGGGAGUAAGAAAGAAGGGGGUGAUAAAGAUGGGGGUGAGAAAGAGGGGAGUGAGAAAGAGGGGAGUGAGAAAGAGGGGAGUGAGAAAGAGGGGAGUGAGAAAGAGGGGAGUGAGACAGAGGGGAGUGCGAAAAAGGGGAGUGCGAAGAUCAGCGGGGAGGAAGAGGAGGAGAUAAGGGCGAUAGCAGAGGGACAGAGGGGGCAAGUGGGGGAGGAAGGGGGAGUGGACGGGAGAGAGGGAAGGGGAAGGGAUGGCGGUGGGGAUGGGGAGACGAAGGAAGUAGGAAAGCCGAAGGAAGUUUCUGAGCGGGGGACAGGGGAGGGAGACGAGGAAAGGGAGAGAGGAACGGGGGUAGAGGGGAUAGAGGAGAAGGUGGAGGAAGGGAUAAAAAGGGGAGUGGAUGCUGGAGGAGGGGUUGCAAGGAACCGAGAGCAUGGGGGAGUGAAAGGUGGAGAGGAGAUUGAGCAGGUAGAUAGGAGGGAGCAGGAAGAGAGGAAGGAGGAAGAGAGGAAGGAGAAGGAAGAGAGGAAGGAAAAUGAAGAGAGGAAAGAGCAGGAAGAGAAUAAGGAGCAGGAGGACAGGAAGGAGAAGGAAGAAGAGAGGAAGGAGAAGGAAGAAGAGAGGAAGGAGAAGGAAGAAGAGAGGAAGGAGAAGGAAGAAGAGAGGAAGGAGAAGGAAGAAGAGAGGAAGGAGAAGGAAGAAGAGAGGAAGGAGAAGGAAGAAGAGAGGAAGGAGAAGGAAGAAGAGAGGAAGGAGAAGGAAGAGAGGAAGGAGAAGGAAGAAGAGAGGAAGGAGAAGGAAGAAGAGAGGAAGGAGAAGGAAGAAGAGAGGAAGGAGAAGGAAGAAGAGAGGAAGGAGAAGGAAGAAGAGAGGAAGGAGAAGGAAGAAGAGAGGAAGGAGAAGGAAGAAGAGAGGAAGGAGAAGGAAGAGAGGAAGGAGAAGGAAGAAGAGAGGAAGGAGCAGGAGCAGGAAGAGAAGAGGAAGCAUGGGAGUAUUGGCACACAGGAAGUAGAGAAGGAGGGUCGGGGUGAGGGGCAAGAGGAUGAGCAUGAGAGGCAGAAAGGGCGGCAGCAUGAGAGGCAGCACGAGGGGCAGCAUGAGGGGCAGCACGAGGGGCAGAAGGGUUCAAAUGGCGGAGGAAGGGAAGGGUUGGUGGGAGGGGGAAGUGAUGUGGAGGGACAGGAAAUGAGAGAGGGGGGAGGAGGAGGAGGAGGAGGAGGAGGAGGAGGAGGAGGAGGAGGAGGAGGAGGAGGAGGAGGAGGAGGAGGAGGAGGAGGAGGAGGAGGAGGAGGAGGAGGAACAGGAGAAGCCCCAGGAGAAGGAGCAGGAGGAUUAGCAGGAGGAGGAGUAGCAGGAGCAGGAGAGGUGUGGGACCCGGAGGGAGUGAGCGCGGUGCGAGACGCGUACAACAGCGGGGAGCGAUUCUACCUGCUCUCAUCCGAAGCAGACAACUGCGUGGGCCAGUCGCACUUCUCUGAGAGCCUCGCGUGCGUGGCAGCAGAGGCGAGGGCGCUGAAUCGCACGCUGGUGCUGUCGAGCGAGAGAUGCCUGAGUGCCAAGCACACGCUUACCGGGCGUGUGAAGCGGCGGCACCUGGGGCUGUACUACAACUACUCGCAUAUCAUGAGCCACCAGCCAGUGAUCUCCCUCUCUGCGUUCCUCGCGCGGUUCAAGUCAUGGGAGCACAUGGAUAUAGGGUACCACGGGGUGGGGAAGGGGAAGCAGGGUGGUGUCCACCAGCCAGUCAUCUCCCUCACAGCGUUCCUUGCGCGGUUCAAGUCAUGGGACCACAUGGAUAUAGGGUACCACGGGGUGGGAAAAGGGCACUCAACGCAGCAGCUGCAGCAACAGAGGGGCGUCUUCCUGCUGAUUCGGCAGCCUCAGGAGGGGCGGUAUGGGUUCAUGCUCUGCAAUGGAAGCUACACCGAGAACCCUGUGACUCCGGACAAAUCCAUUCUGGUCCCCACGGCGCCCCUCUUGAGCAUCAUUGAUGCAAUAGUGGCGUCCAUGGGGGGCGAGCGUCUGUUUUUCUACGUGCAUGUGCGCAGAGGAGACAAGCUCGAUCCGCGCAAGUGGCCUCACCUCGACCGCGACACACGGCCCGAAGCCCUGAUUCAAAAGCUCCCCUCGCUCGCCCCUCUUGGCUGCCACCUGUACAUUGCCACCAACGAGCGCGAGCCUGGGUUCUUCCUUGCCCUCUCUCGUCUCUACCGCGUGCACUUGCUGGGCGACUACCGCGCGCUCUGGGGGCCGGGCAGCGCGUGGGUGAGGGAGAUGCGGGCGCUGAGGCGGACGCUGGGGAUAGGGGGAGGGGGAGGGGAAGGGGGAGGGGGAGAGGAGGAAGAUGUGGAGUUUGAUUCGGAAAUGCAGGUGAUAGUGGACUACGAGCUGGGCAAGAAGGCCCACAAAGCCAUUCGCACAUUCAACGACCUCACCGACGAUCCCAAGGACGGUAAUUCACCUCCCUUGUAA